AUGUGGAUGUCUGCGCUGCUGUCAGCGUCGGUGGUGACCGCUCAAGAUGGCUCCAUAUCGGGUCCGACCAGCAGCUCGUCUGCUGCUGGGUACUCGUGCGACCCUAGCCAAUGUCAGUUGCCCAACUGCAAUUGCGCUAGCACGAGUCCUCCAGGUGGUCUUUCUCCAUCGGACGUACCGCAAUUUGUUGUCUUCACUGCCGACGACGCCAUUCAGUCCUAUACUCUUGACGCUGUCAAUCAGUUCCUUGCUCAACGACAGAAUCCGAACGGUUGCCCUAUCAAGAUGACCUACUUCACGUCUCUCAACUAUACCAACUAUACGCUUGUCACCGAUUGGUACGUUGCUGGAAAUGAAAUCGCUGAUCAUACGAUGACACAUGUCGGUUCACCUCCGGCGGAUGAGAUCAACGGAAACAUUAUUGCUCUUAACGCGCUUGCUGGUAUUCCGCUUGAUGCCAUCCAAGGUUUCCGUGCUCCUUACUUGAAUUAUACUGCUGAGACUUUGCAACUCCUUGCGAACGUUGAUUUCACGUAUGAUUCUUCCUCUGCCUCUUCAAUUCCUGUCACAGACCCAGGUACCGAUGCGUAUUGGCCUUACACGCUCGACAAUGGUCUUGCAAAUGACUGUCUGACUGUCGAGGGUAUAUGCAAGGGCCUGCCUAAGAUUCCUGGUCUUUGGGAGAUUCCCAUGUAUGCAUUCUUUGACGACCUCGGGAUUGAUGGGCCGCACUUGAUGGACCCUUGGCUGGAUACGGCAAAUGGGGCCAGUGCUGUUAAUGAUACUGCCACAUUCGAGUACAUGAAAAAUACAUUCACGGAUCAUUACACUGGGAAUAGGCAACCAGUUGGUCUCUACACCCAUCCCAUCCAUCUUUCGACCACUUAUCCCGGCGUUGAUCCCCCAAACAGCACAAUUCAGAUGAUAAACGAAUACCUAGAUUGGGUUCAGAUGCAGCAGGAUGUCUGGAUCGUUUCGAACGAGCAGCUUCUUGCUUGGGUCAGAAAUCCUGUACCCGUCUCAGAGCUCGAUUCCUUUGAGCCUUUGAAGUGUUCGACUCCCCAGGUUGACCCAUCUCUGAAAAUUUGCAAUGGUAUUCCUCAGAACGAAGCUGGCCUCCUGGAGGAGUGUGACUUCCCCGACUUUCCUUUCUUCACUUGCUAUGGUUGCCCACAAGUAGAGGUGUCCCCUUCAAACCCGAACCCGCCGCAGCAACCCCCAGCGGGCCAGCAGAUAAGAUACAGAUUGCCUUCCAACUGCUCAACGCCUUUCUGGGAUCCCAUUGCUGGGUCGUGCCUGUGUAAGUCCUCGGAUUGCGCAUUCACGGAUAACUCGCGACCUAUUGGGCCCAACGGCGCCAACUUAACUGGCGGUGGAACUGGGGGAGAUGGAUUUGACGGUUCUGGCAGUACGCCGACACCCACGUAUAUCAACUUUAAUGGCGCCAGCCCCGUUAAGUUGUGGAGUGGCAGUCUCGUUGGCAUGAUGAGUGCUUUAGCUGUGGGCACGUUUGGCGCCGCAACGGGAUGGGUUUUGGUUAACGUCUGA